CUUCUGGAGGUACAGGACCCUCGUUCUGCGGCGCGCCUCGGGCGCACGGCCCGCGGCCGGAGGUACUGUGCCACGAGGUGGUGGACGUGCUGCUGGCCGAGCUCGCCGAGGCGGCGACGCCCGACGCAGCGACGGGCGAGGUGCUCCCGCCGCAGGUUAGCGCCAUGGUGCCCCUGCACGGCUUCGCUGGCUGGAUCUUGGACACCCAGGCGUGGGAGGACUGCGGCCUGGAGCCCCCGCUUGCGGAGGCCGUGCGGCGCGCCGCGCAGGGCGCCGCCGGCUUCGGGGCCGACCGCGAGGUCACCAUUGUGGACGAGGACGGCGACGAGGUGACCUUCUCCCUGGAGCCCGCGUCCUCGGCCGGCGUCGGCG